AUGAGAGGUAGCAGUGGGGAAUUUUCCGGGCGAAAGCUUGACGGAGCAAUGCCGCGUAAAGAAGAAAAUGCUUUUGUGAGCAUCACAGAGACAAGGAUGUCGCUGAUAAUGAGAAAAAGACUAGGUUGCUGCUCAAAGGAAACCAAAAUCAGCAUUGAUUUUGAUGAACCAGAGAGUAGUAAGUUCUUUCCUUACUCUUCCUUGUACCUGCUUCAUUCUUCUGUAGACUCAAACUCGGUUGAUAUAUUAUAUCGUACUUUCAACCCCAUAAUCAAAUCAAGUGAGACGUGGACAAAUUUGACCGAUGGUUAUACCCUUCUCCCUGGUGUGAACCUGAGAGGUGCAAUUGGUGCCUUAUCUGGCACACCUAGCAAUCGCAAAGAUGCUUUUGGAUCGUUCUCUUCAAAAUGUUUGACAACGAAAAGAGAUGAACAAGGAUUCGAAGAGUGGGAACUCUCAGAAAGUCCUCCAAAUUUUUUUGUUAAAGAGAAGUCUGCUUUUGACGUCCAAAGUUCAGACGUAGAAGCCAUGAAAGAGAAGUUUGCAAAGCUGUUGCUAGGUGGUGAUAUUACAGGAGGAUCGAAAGGCCUCAAUACAGCUUUAGCACUGUCUACUGCCAUCACAAGCCUUGCAGUGACGGUUUUUGGUGAGUUGUGGAAAUUGGAACCACUAUCUGAAGAGAGGAAGAGCAAAUGGCAAAGAGAAAUGGGAUGGUUGUUGUUUCCAACUAACUAUAUGGUUGAGUUAGUACCUGCUAAGCAAAAUGGCGCCAAUGGUGGGAUCUUUGAGAUAAUGACCCCAAAAGCCCGUACCGACAUCCAAAUGAAUCUUCCAGCACUUCAGAAGCUGGACUCUAUGCUUAUUGAGACACUAGACUCGAUGGUAAAUACUGAGUUCUGGUAUGCAGAGGAAGGAAGCCGGUCAGAAGGGAGAAACACAACGGGAAGACAAAGCAAAAGAUGGUGGCUUCCAUCACCCCGAGUACCAAGAACUGGACUUUCUGAAGUUGAAAGAAAAAGGCUGCUUGAUAAGGGAAGGAUGGUGCAUCAAAUAUUCAAGGCUGCCAAAGCUAUCAAUGAUAAUAUGUUGCUUGAGAUACCCGUGCCAACAAUAAUUAAGGAUGCACUUCUGAAGUCUGGAAAGGCAAGUCUUGGAGAGGAACUGCACAAGGUUUUGAUGGCUGAAUCGGGUUCUGGAGAAGAAAUGCUUAAAGCUCUCAAUUUGAAAUCUGAACAUGCUGUCCUAGAGACCAUUAAUAAAUUGGAAGCUGCUACAUUUUCAUGGAAAGAACGAAUCAUACAAGAAAACAGUGGGAAAUCCCCGGUUCGAACCUCAUGGUCCUUCUUGAAGGAGCCGGUGUCAGGUAUAGAUAAGAUGGAACUAUUGUUGGAACGUGCAGAAGCACUUCUAAAUCUGCUUAAAACCAGACAUCCAAACCAUCCUCAAACAUUUCUGGAUGCUGCAAAAGUUCAAUAUGGCAAGGAUAUUGGCCAUUCCAUUUUGGAAGCAUACUCUAGAGUUCUUGGAAGUUUAGCCUUUAGCAUACUGUCUAGAAUAGGAGAUAUAUUGCAGGAGGAUGCUUUAAGCAAUCCCAAUUCACCUAUCUCGACAAGUCACUCUCCUGGGACAAAUCUCUCUGAAGCUUGGGUGGUUGGUUCACGUAUCAGACACUCUUUAAUAGACAGGAUGAAUGAGGCAGAUGGACAACAAUGUGGUUCUAGUUGUGCCAGUACUUCUGACACAGAACUCCCAUCUACUGAGGCCAGUGCCAGCAUUGUAACUGCCACGCCAAGCCGUGGUCGAUUGUGGUGCAUUGGUAAAAACAUGUCAAAAAUGUCUCCUCAAUAUUCCUCACAGUGGCUUUGA